AUGGCUUCAUCUCUGAAGGUGGCCGCUGCCCUUGCCGUGGCCGUUUGCGUCGUGCUUGUGCUGAACAUGGGCCAGCCUGUGGCAGCCACAGAAUGCAAAGAUUGUCUCGCUGACUGUGUUCACGUUUGCGUCGACUACUCUGACACUGCAUGCAGCGGCAUCUGCACCGCCAAACCUCCUGCAUGCCAGUCAUGCAAGUACACGUCCUUCCUUACGUGUGGUGGCACAUGCUACAGCGCCUGUGCCCAUUUCUGCUAA